AUGAAACGGUUUGCGCACUAUUAUGUAUGUCUGGCUGUAUUAACAGCGGUCUCUGCGAGAUCAGCUGAAACUAAUCCCAUAUCUAAUUCCAUCAAUGAGCAACAAACCGUAAGAUCGAAUAGCAAUGGCCUAUUUAGCGACUUACGCUCUGUCUAUCAAGUAUACAAGGAAUGUUCCGGCGCGGAACUAAAUCCUUGUCUAAAGCUGAAACUCUUGUCGGCUAUAGAUAGGGUUUCUCGAACCGCACAAUUAAAUGUGGCUGAUGGCGUCACGCUAGUCCAAGAUGAAUCAGCUACUACUAACGAAUCUGAACCAGAAAAAUCUAUGCAGGAAAUUGAAGCUAGUUUACCCCGAGCGUUGGAAGACAAAGAGGACGUUCUCAAUAGCAUGAUUUUCGAUAAAAUCGCUAAAUUCUUUCAAAGUCACACUCUAAAGCUAAAGUUACCAAAUGUAGAAGAAUUUCAACGUAGUUUCACGGAAGAAGGUCGUAAGAAGAAAGGUAAAUUAGGUGGUCUUCUUGCUAUUCCUCUAUUAAUUGGUGGUACAUUAGUGCCUCUAGCGCUCGGCGCUCUCGCGCUGUUGGCUGGUAAAGCAUUGAUAGUGAGCAAACUUGCUCUCGUACUCGCUUCUAUUAUCGGAUUAAAGAAACUCGUAUCUGGUAGCCACGAUCAUGGACACGAAGUCGUUCAAGUUGGAGGAGGACAUGGAUCGGGCGGAUGGGCGAGAUCGGGACACGAUAUUGCCUACUCUGCAUACAAACCAUCGUCAACCUAG